AUGACUGACGAGGUCAUCGAAGUCUUAUAUUUCUACAAGACGCCUCUGGUUGACCGCCGACUGCUAGCUGGAGAUGAUUUUGGUGCAAAGAUUCGCGGGCCUGUGGUUGAUAUAGCGCGCAGGAGGCAUUGCGUGGUGAUGGCUACGAAGGAGAUGUUUAAGAUGGUGCAGAUUCGAAGUGAUUUGGAGGAAGCAAAGAAGGCGAGUGCUUAA